ACCUAAGGUCUAAAUGCAUAGAGUACAUAUGUCCAAAUGCAUAUAUGUCAUGGAUGGUGCCGAUGCAUUUGGACAUAUGAUGAUGCAUAUGUGAUGGAUACCCAUGAAUACAGUACAUACACCCACACUAUCCCCUGCAAGCAGCUGAACCGAAAGCAACCUCCCCACCCCGAGCAGAGCAGAGGCGUCCGCGCCACCAAACUUUAUAGCUUGGAGGUGCAGCUCCCUGCUCCACAGUCGUCCUCCGCUCCCCGCCCCCUACCAAAUUCGCCACCAAUCCUCUGCUCAUCUACCAUCUAACAUCUUUGGUUGCAGUUUGCCUCUCCUUCACUUCACCUCACCUCACUCGCCGCCAUCAUCGCCAUCGCCCAACAAAUCCAUCUUCUUUGCAGUUGCAGCAGCAGCGGCAGCAAAUAUAUCAGCCAGCCGCCGGCCGCCGGCCGCCGCCGCCAUAGUAGAUUAGAUUCAUCCCUCAGACGCAGAGGCCCCAGGGAAGGAGCAAGGAGCGAGGAGGAGCAAGCGCCGCCAUCGGCCAUCGCCAUGUCCAGCCCCAUGCACGUCCGCAAGGCCAUCCACUUCGCCUCGCUGCGCGCCAAGCUCGCGCAGCAGGGCAAGGCCGGCCUCGCGCUACGCCUGCUCCUCGCCGCCGCGCUCGCGGGCUUCCUCCUCGUCUUCGCCGCGCGCACCCUGCUGGUGUCCUCCCCUGCCGCCGCGACCUCGUCCUUGGCGGAGUGCGCCGCCAAGGGGACCGCGGCGGCGACGGCGGGGCUGCCGCUGGCGGUGAUGGAGGCGCUGGUGCACUACACGACGUCCAACGUGACGCCGCAGCAGACCGCCGACGAGAUCGGGGUCUCGCUGCGCGUGCUGCAGCGCCGGGCGCCCUGCAACUUCCUCGUCUUCGGGCUCGGCCACGACAGCCCGAUGUGGGCGGCGCUCAACCACGGCGGGCGGACGGUGUUCCUGGAGGAGGACGCGUCGUGGAUCGCCAGCGUCCGCGCCACGCACCCGUCCCUCGAGUCCUACCACGUGGCCUACGACACGGUGCUCACCGACGCCGACGCGCUCCUCCAGCUCCGCGACCACCCGGCCUGCGUCGCGCAGCCGGACCUCGCGUCCGCCGCCGACGCCUCCUGCCGCCUCGCGCUGAGGGGGCUGCCGCCGGUGUUCCACGAGCUGGAGUGGGACCUCAUCAUGGUGGACGCGCCCACGGGGUGGACGCCGGAGGCGCCCGGACGGAUGGGCGCCAUCUACACUGCCGGCAUGGCGGCGCGCGCGCGCAGGCCCGGGGAUGGACCCACCGACGUGUUCGUGCACGACGUCGACCGCCCCGUCGAGGACGCCUUCUCCAAGGCCUUCCUGUGUGAGGGGUACCUCGCCGAGCAGGUCGGCCGGAUCAGGCACUUCGUCAUCCCGUCACACCGCGAGAAGGACGGCACGCCAUUCUGCCCUUGAUAGAGAACUUUGUUUCUUGCAUUCAGAGCCAUCCAUCUAUCCAUCCUUUUUGCUUUGCUUUGGUCAGUUGCUGUGCUUUGCCUUGCCUUUACAUACAUAUAUAUAUAUAUAUAUACAAGAGACGAUAAAAUACUACAGCAUUGCAGCAGCCAUCAGGAUCAGGAGAGCUGGAGCUCCUUUGAUUCAUUCUUUUCUGUACUACCACUGUUACCAUUACUCCAGCUGCUCUUAGAGUCUAGAGUUUCUGUUGCCAAAAACCAAAAUGGUUCAUGAUAGAACAUUUGGGGUGACACCACAGCAUGAUAGAAUCUGGAGGCGGGUUUGCGCGUGCCGUCGGAUCAGGGAAUGGACGCGCCAGAUUCGGUGUAAUUCUUCUUCUUCUUAUUCUUCUUGCUCUGCUUUGGAUUGGAUCGAACGGUGCACAUUUGCCUGGUGGUGGCUCUUUGUUAUGUGAUGUGAGUGUAGCCAAACUAUUGUCAUUGCUGGAUGUGUUAUGAUAGAUGUUUCUUGCAGUUUUUUAUUC